AUGUCCGCCAAAAUUGAGGAAGUCACCUCCGACCACUCCGACCACGAAGGUCAUGAUCAUGAUCACGACCACGACCACGAGGAGGACCCGACUUCCGCCGCCGCUCUUGAGAAAAUCCAGUCGCGCUCAGAGCGCAAGGCCAGGAAAGCUCUCCUUUCCUUGGGGCUGAAGAAGGUUCCUGGCAUUACCAGGGUGACACUGAGGAGGCCUAAGAACCUCCUCUUCGUUCUUGCUUCUCCCGACGUGUACAAGUCGCCCAACAGUGAUUGCUACAUCGUUUUCGGUGAGGCCAAGAUCGAGGACAUGAAUUCACAGGCUCAGCUCUCAGCUGCUCAGCAAAUGUCGUCUGGAGGUGCCGGUGCCGCUCCUACUCUGGAGACUUCUGGAGCUGCCGAUGGUGAUGAUGACGACGAUCUGCCCGACCUCGAGGCUCCCGAGGAGGAUGGUGUUGUGGACGAAACCGGUGUUGAUCCAAAAGACAUUGACCUUGUCAUGCAACAAGUCAACUGCUCUCGGGCGAAGGCUGUGAGGGUGCUGAAAGAGAGUGGGGGAGAUUUGAUCAACGCCAUCAUGGCUGCGAGCGAGUAG